GUAAGGAUAUAGGGAACCGAGUCUUUUGUCAGAGAGUUCAUGCUAAAGUAGUCAGUAAGCCAUAGGCAUCUUAAGUACUGUUUUUAUGGCCGCCUUAACUACAAAAAUCAUUGACUGAAAAGAAAAGACUCUUCCCUCAGUGUAAUUUAGGAUUUAGCAAUGCUGGAAUAAGUUGGAGAAGCUAUUUUUAUUUUUAUGUAGUCUAAACCCCUAAUUCUACAGAUGAGAAAACUGAUUCCCAGAGAGGUUAAGUGAUUUGCCCAAGAUUACACAGAAUGCAGGUUAGAACUCCAGAGAAAAUGGCCACUGAGUGGUCUUUUUGGACAAACCUGUCAACCAUUCAGAAAAUAGCACUGGGCCUUGGAAUUCCAGCCAGCCUGACUGUUGCUUACAUCCUCUAUCGAAGGUAUAGAGAAAGCCAAGAAGAACGGCUGACGUUUGUUGGGGAAGAUGAUAUUGAGGUGGAGAUGCGGGUCCCUCAGGAGGCUGUGAAGCUGAUUAUUGGCCGGCAAGGAGCCAAUAUUAAACAGUUGAGGAAGCAAACUGGUGCUCGUAUUGAUGUGGACACAGAAGAUGUAGGUGAGGAGCGGGUGCUGCUCAUCAGUGGCUUUCCUGUCCAGGUUUGCAAAGCCAAAGCAGCAAUCCACCAGAUCCUGACAGAGAACACCCCAGUGUAUGAACAGCUUUCAGUACCUCAGAGAUCUGUGGGCAGAAUUAUAGGGAGAGGUGGAGAGACCAUUCGUGCCAUCUGCAAGAGCUCUGGGGCCAAAAUCACCUGUGACAAGGAAUCAGAAGGGACAUUGCUACUAACACGACUCAUAAAGAUCUCAGGAACACAGAAGGAAGUGGCAGCAGCCAAGCAUCUUAUCCUGGAAAAAGUUUCAGAAGAUGAAGAGCUUCGGAAGAGGAUUGCUCAUUCAGCAGAAUCCAGAGUACAGCGCAAGCAGCCCAUCAGUGUCAAGAGAGAGGAAGUGGCAGGGCCCGGGGGAGCUGGGGAGCCAGCCUUUCCUAAGGACAUGAGCACCAGCAAGAAGCUGGUCCCCACACUGGCUGCCACUCCUAGCCGAGGAGGAGGAGGAGAUGCAGCUGGGCUGAGACCAGAGCAGGUGGAACAUUCUCAUGAAAAGAUGCUUAGUGACCACAGCUGCCAGGAGGACAUGGGAGCCCAGGCUAGUCCAGAAAUGCCAAAGUUUGAAAUCCCCAGCCCUGACUUCAGUUUCCAUGCUGACGAGUAUCUAGAAGUCUAUGUGUCUGCCUCUGAAAACCCCAGCCAUUUCUGGAUCCAGAUUAUUGGCUCCCGCAGCUUACAGUUGGACAAGCUGGUCAACGAGAUGACCCAGUACUAUGAGAACAGUCAGUCACCUGAAGAUCUGACCGUGCACGUGGGUGACAUUGUAGCAGCACCUUUACCUACAGAUGGACCCUGGUAUCGGGCCCGGGUCCUGGGUACCCUGGAGAAUGGGAAUCUGGAUCUCUACUUUGUUGACUUUGGAGAUAAUGGGGAGAGCCCACUCAAGGACUUGAGAGCUAUCAGGAGUGACUUCCUAAGCCUCCCAUUCCAAGCAAUAGAAUGUAGUCUAGCAAGGAUUGUUCCCUCAGGUGAGCAGUGGGAAGAGGAAGCCCUAGAUGAGUUUGACCGCCUCACUCAUUGUGCAGAGUGGAAGCCUCUGGUAGCCAAGAUCUCUAGCUAUGUGCAAACAGGGAUUUCUACUUGGCCAGAAAUCCACCUUUAUGACACAAGCAACGGACAGAAUCUUGAUAUUGGGCUAGAACUAGUGCGCCAGGGUUAUGCACUUGAACUCCCCCAAGACAUGGGAGAAGAAGAUGCUGCUGUCCCUGAGAUGCUGCAGGAUAUAUUGGCCACAGAGACAGAUGCCUCUCUAGACAGCCUGUUGUCUGAGGCCAAGAAGAGCCCCGGAGAGACACCACACACUCUCUCAUGCCUCAGCUUAUCAGAAGCUGCCUCAGUUUCUGGUGAUGAUGGUGUCCUUGCAGAAGACGACUUGCUCUGAUGUCUAUGCUCUGACUGCAUCAGCCAUCUGCCUGCUGUGAAGUGGCAAGGUAUGGCAUGGGAGCCUGUGGCUGGACAGAAAAUCAAAUUCCACAGAAGAUGCCCCCACAUUUCCUCCUUUGUGGGCUGCCUGCAAAUUGGCCUGCUGUGAACCAAAUAUGGCUUCUUCUACUAGCAGAAUGAAAAACUUUUCAGAAAAAGACUAUA